AUGGGGAAGCCAACACCUGCAAAGCGUGCAGCAUCCAGAAGACAUCUAGCAUUCAGAAAGCAUAAAGCAAGAGCAAAAGAAACUGUUGGUCUGUAUACAGCACAGUCAUAUGGGAGAGGAAUGCAUGGGAAAGGGAAGUUGAUGGAGAGACAGGCAGGGAGUGGAACCAGUCAUGUUGUGCUAGGGAGGAGUGCAGAGAAAAGCACACACAGUUCUUUGGGUGCCAGAGAUCCACUAAGCCCCACAGAAACCCCAGGAUUCAGCCAACUCUUUGCCGAUUGCUGAGGUGUUCCUUUACUGUGUGCAGCCAGGAAUGGCGCCACCAUUAGGCAGAAUGAGGCAGUUGCCUCAGGUAGCAGGUGCUGGGGUGGGUAGAGAUGUGUAGACAACACAAGCUGCACUGAACCUCCUCAGUUAGUCUGCUGCCCCAUCAGCAGCAUCGAAAUAAGAGCCAAUGGCCAGUCCAGCCCAGCUUCUGUAUGUGGCAUUAUGUGUUCAGAGGGAGCAUCUUGUCAUUUGUUUGGGGAGCAGAAAGUCCUUUAGUAACAAAGGCUCCUGUCUUCUGAUCCAUACAUUUGUAAGAAAAGUUUCCUCAAGCAGCAAGCCAUCUCGCUUUGCUUCCUCCACCUGCUUAUUCUCCCAAGUGCCCACCCCCUGAGCAAGUGACUGUCUCUGGCUGAUGGCUGCCACAGCAUAUGGAAACCCUUUUUCCUGGAGUGGCAAGGGUAUGUUGGCUACUGAUGGCUAAAGUAGAAUUUUCUUUCUUCAAGCAUCUGGUUUUCAGGACUUGGUUACCUUCUUCCAAUCUCCAACGGGUGAAAGAUUUAUCAUACUUGAGAUUUGCAUCCUUAUUGCCAUGACACUGCUGAUUUACAUUCUGUGUAAGUACAUAAUUGGCGUACAUUGAUACUACUGUCUUGUGCUUUGCUUCAAUGCCAACAGCAUUUCCAAAAAGAGAUGGCAGGAUACAGCUUCCAUUUAUCCCUUUCAUCUCUCUUUGAUAUCAUGGAGGGAGUUAUAGCUGUCACCCAGUGAGAGCAAUGACACUGUUUUGUUCUCCCUGAAUAAGUGAGUUCCAGCACUUGGAACAGAAGCACAGGAUAACACAAGUCCCCGGGACACCCUGGACAAUUCCCUUUCCCAGUUGCCUUUCUCUGUUCCUUCCCAACUAAUUCUCAUUUCCUGUGGGAGAGCCCCCAUUCCUGGUCCUCGCCACCCUGCCCUCUGCUAGGGCUCCAGUCCCUUGAAGGAAAGGAAGUCUUGAUAACAAUGAGCGUAGUUAAUUUAAAAUGAUAUUUACUGCAAAACAAACAGAGUUCACCAGAGCGGCAAGCACAGACGUCCGUCCAUAAAUCAAAGAUGUCCCUUCUAAGGUGGAUGUUUCGGCGAGACCAGAAACAGCUGAACUUCCUUUUGUGAAGUAUUCUGUCUUGAACACUCCCCAUAUGCCUAGACCUUGGGCUGAGGGGGUCAGCUCCCGUCCCUUCCUCAUUGUCUGAGAGAUUACUUCCGUGAUCUUUCCCGCUUUCUAAGCUGCUUUCAUUUCUAGCCCCUGCAUUUUGUUCAUCACUAGCAUGCUGGCAAGCUGCUGACUGGCUUCCUGGAACUCUGCUAUCAGUUGGCAUUCCUACGGGCAGCGGAGGUGGCUCCCGGCUAUAAUCAUCUUGUCUUGUAAUUAACCUUCUCUCAUCCUAGCUCCUUCCUUCAUUGGGAGCUAGCUGCAAACUUCUCUUGGGGGAUGACUCAUUCAUGACACCUGCCCUCUGCUGCAGCUCCAGUCCCAUGAAGGAAAGUGCUUGGGGAAAACAGACUACAGAGGAUAAGGCCAUGGCUAAUGUGGGUGGGUCCAGAGCCUACCUAAAUAUCAAGGUAUAUGCAGGGCUUUUUUCAACCAGAAUUCAUCAGGACUCAGUUAUCACACCUCUCAGAUGGGUGUCAAUGCCAUUCUAAGAGAACAAGGGAGGCAUUCAUGCUGAGUUCCAGAGCCUCUUUUUCUAGAAAACAGCACUGGAUAGAUGAACACAUGACCUGUUUGCAUAGGUAAUUGAUUUUUUUAAAGGGCACUCCAAAGUAAGCAAAGCUCAGGGGGAGGGAACCAAAUGAUUCAAGAAUUUGCACAUUCUAAGCAGCGUGGCAAAUGCAAGUCCACAGGACAAAGAGGACAGGUGUAUCUGGACACCCAAAAACCUAAAGCUCUCAAAGGAAGGCCAAACCAUCUGAUGACAGAAGCAACAGGCUAAAUGAAAACAGGACUUCAGGCUACCAGGGCAGCCACAGUCAAGGAAUGGGAACCCCCAAAACAAGAGCUGAGGCCAGAAAAUAUUAAUAGAAUUCAUAUUCAUGUUUUUGUUGGUUUGAUUUUUUUAUUCAUACUUCUCCCUAAGAUCCCGGGGCACGUUAGAAGUCAGCAAUUCAAAUCAAUAUUAAAAGCAGUUUGAAACCAAGUAUCCCCUCUUCUAGCUCACCAGAGUACUGGGCUAGAACACAAUUUCAUUUCUUUUCUACGUACCUCCUCCUUAGAUCAGAAGGAAAUGAAAAACAGAGAGGAGAUUCAGGAGGCAAUGCACAUGAUUCGUACCUUUGUUGUUGGAAUGGAACCAUUCUAUGUGGACAAGGAUGGUAAGCGUUUCAUAUGCAUGUCCUCACUUUUUGUAGGACAUGUUUAGUUUAAACAAACUUCAAUUCCUUUAGUUCACUUUGGGAUUCAUAUUGUGUGAGCAAAACAUUCAAUGAAACUCAUCACCCAAUAGAGUUUAUCACUGUUUCAUUGCUCAGCAUGAAGAAAAGCAGACAGUUGUGAUUCUCACAUUUCCCCACUAGAAAUGCUGUCCUCUCCCAUCACACUGUACUUUACAAUGUUUGUGCUAGUGCAAGAUUUAGCACAAGUACAAGGGAACUUUGCCCCCACUUCUCCCUGCAUGCCAUCACCCAAACUGCUCUCCAGGGUGGGGAGAAACUUCAGAACAGAAUGGAGGGAAAGGGGCUGGAGAUUGCAGUGCACAAGGAGAAAUUCCUGAGCUUACAGAACACCCUCUUUAGAACUAUGUGUAAUGCAACCCAAUAUUCAUCAGGAAAAGAGUUUGGGUGCCUGUAUUUUCUUAGAUUUCAGAAAGCAUAAUUGAAAACCGUAAAGUAAUCUUUGCAUAUUUGGCUUUACUGUGUGACUCAGUGGAGAAUUGGUUUGUGACCCUGUGAUUCCCUGCAGAAAGGGAAACAUAGGAGGCAACAUAAAAGAUACUUCAUGAGCCACUUUUAAUAUGAGAAUAGGAUAGCAGAUUGCAUGGGUCUUUGGUCUGAUCCAGCUGCAGGGGUCUUCUGAGGCUUUCCAUUGGUGAUCUCAGCCACAGAGAAUCAAGUCUGCCCUCAUAUUCAUAAGAACCCCAUCCUGGAGCUCUGCUUCUUGUUUUAGGAUAGAGACUUUUAAAAUGUUUGGACGUGGUUUCUUAAUAUCUGCAGAUUGUUAUUUCAGAUACUACUCCCUUGAACUGUUUCUAAUAUUUUAGAUUUCCAAAUACUCGCUGUGGCUCAAAACAAAUCAGAGGAAAUGCGGUAUUAUUCCAAGAAAAAUGAAGAACUGCAAAAAGAAAUUGGUAAGCUACCCUAUGAUGCUGAAGAAUUGUAGUGCAGUGGGAACCUGCCCUGAUUCUGCCCCAGCUGAAAGCCCCCCCCCCAGCUGAAUACUCUUAGAGCCAGAACAGAGUGCUGCCCUCCUUUGCAUGGGGCCGCCCUAGGGAAACAUCAGAGAUAUUCAGUUCAGCUCUCCUGAUCUGCUGAAUUGAUUUAGCUUCUAUGGUGAGGAAAGAAAAGACUUCGUCAUUCUUUGCUGUAAGAGAGACAAUCAAAACAGGUCAGCUAAAAGACCUGUCCUUUAUUAUAUUCACCCAUGGGAGAGGGAUUCUUGAAUAGCACUUCUGAGGCAACUUCUGCCAACUUGGUCAGAGAGACUGCUGGGCAGUGGGGUGAUUGGUGUAUGACAUAGGGGAGGGCACUCAGGGCGAAUUGUGUCAAUGGCCCUAGUCAAGGCAGAGGGCCCUCUAGGUAGUUGUGCCUGCCCUGUGACACUCCCUACCACCAGAUGUCAAGGCAAAAAACAAGUAUCUGACCUUCAGAAGACAUCUGAAGGCAGCCCUGUUCCGGGAAGUUAUUAAUGGUUGGUGUCCAAUUGUGGAAGUCGCCCAGAAUGGCUGGGGAAACGCAGUCAGAUGGGCAGCAUAUAAAUAAAGUGUUGUUGUUGUUGUUGUUGUUGUUGUUGUUGUUGUUGUUCGGUUGUUCAAGAGCUCGGCCAAAGCUCGACAGGAGCACCAGUCAGAUCAGCUGGAAUAUCCCCCAGAGCCAUUGGAAGCCCACUGGAUCCAUCCUGUCAGCUCAGGCAGAGAGACUGCUUGGCAGCAAACUAGGUGGUAAACCAGCAGAAUCUUUCAUCUGUACCAGUUGCCCAAUGCCAGGAACACACACUCUAGAUUCCCCUCCCCACAUCCGCAACUGGACAGUUAGCCUAGAGAAAGAAAGAGAAUUUUGAUAAACCACAGCUACUCCCCCUUCCCAACCUUCAAGUCUGCCCUGAUGCUGCCUUGAGUAUCCAGGUGGAAACAAGUGGGUGAGGCCCCUGGGGUUCAGAUAAGGCCUGUGAAGGAACAUGCAUCUUUUGUCUAUUCCCUCAAAUAAAAGGUUCUUCAUUGUGCUCCCUGUUCCAGCUAUGCCCCUCCCACCGCUAUUUCCUGCAGCAUCAUGAAGGGGUUGAAGAGUUAAUGUUGUUCUUGUUUUAAUAUUUCUGAGCUUCCUAGGUGAAUAUAUGUUAUGUGGCUGCAGAAAUGAACUUAAUAAAAAUAUUUGAAAUCUGCAAAGAUGUACAAGGUUGUUCCUCUUAAAUUCCCUGUCUUGUUUUCUUUUUCUCUUCUUCCUCCAUAUCUGCUUGACUCAAAGACAUCCUUACUAGAAACUUGAAUGAUGGUUGGGUUUUAUAUUCAAGGGCCUUCUAUUUCUUUUCUCUUGAGCUACGCACAUGGAUGGAUUCCAAAAAAAAGUGUGAGAAGGAAGGCGCCCACCUCAUUUCUAUGGAAACAAAGGAAGAACAGGUGAGCAUCAAAGCCGCGUAUAGAAAAGACAGGGGAUCUCCUAGAGUCAAAGGGUUCAUUUCAUCACUAUCCAUUUAAGAAGGUCAUAUCUACCUGUAUGCAGCCAAGACAGCAACUCCAUCAGUCAAACCAAAGGGUGGGUGGGGCAGGGACCAGCUGCUAUCAUCUAGGACUCAAUGAGGUUUCUUAGAGCUGCUGAGCUCUGAUGCUGGCAGUCAGGAAGGAGGUCUUGAAGGAAGAGGAGGAGUAGAUACUUGAGGGAAAUCUAUCCCUUGGAUUUCCUGUAGAUUCUUCCUCUGCUCUUUGAGAUGUACUGAGUGCUUAGGAAAAAGGUUUCCCUCACCACCCUAACCCUCUGGCAUGAGAGUAUCCUGGAGAUGACUAUAGGAGCUUGCAAGGUAUAGCCCCUCGCAGCCCCUUGGCCCAGGCAGAGGGGCUACUGGGGUGCUGCAGGGCAUAGACAUAGGUGAGACCCCCAUCAUCAACCCAUCAAGCAUACCACAACCAGACUGAUUCCAGUAGCUCUGGAACAAACCAACAAACAUGGAUGCAGAAAUUGGAGUAUUUGCUACCCAGGGUCACUGUCCCACUAGAUGGUUCCAAGAUGAAGUGUUCUAUGGCACAGUCAUUUAUAGUAUCUGGGAAUUUUAACUCUCUGUCGUGACUGGAAGACAUGACUGGAAGGCAGCAAAGUCAGUCCUCAGGGAAUGUGCAGGCGACCUUGGAACAGACAGCUCACGGAAGAACCCCGACCAAACAUAAGAGGAGGCGUGUAGUGGUGAUAGGGGAUUCCCUACUGAGGGGAACAGAAGCAGUGAUCUGUGGGCCUGACAAGAUGUCUCGGGAAGUGUGCUGUCUCCCCGGGGCUAAGAUCCAAGAUGUAACUGAACGACUGCAAGGGAUCAUAAAACCCACUGACAAAUACCCCUUCCUCUUGGUUCAUGUGGGAACCAAUGACACUGCAAGCAAUAGCCUCCAGAAGAUCAAAAGAGACUACGAGGCUCUGGGCAGGAAAUUGAAGCUAUUAAAUGCACAAAUUGUCAUCUCAUCUGUCCUCCCAGUUGAACGCCGUGGCCCAGGGAGAGAGGGAAAAAUAGUGGAAGUGAACAGCUGGCUUCGCAAAUGGUGUAAACAGGAAUGGUUUGGAUUAUUAGUUCACGGACUGCAGUUUCUUGAAGAUGGACUUCUGGCAAGCGAUGGGCUGCACCUCACAACGGUUGGGAGGAAUGUUUUUGCCAAAAAUCUCAGAAACCUCAUCAGGAGGGCUUUGACUAAUGUGGGGGAGGGAGACAGUGCUCCUGAAGGUAGGAGUCUAUCAAUUGAUGAAGAUGAUCAUCCAAAUGUCAUAGACCAAAUGGAGCAAACAGCACGCAGACCUAGUGGUGGGAGGAAAAAAUCCUUAAAUAAGAGACACGGGGGAAUGAUUAAUGGACUUCAGUGUCUGUACACUAAUGCACAAAGCAUGGGAAAUAAACAAGAUGAGCUUGAGCUCUUGGUACAGCAAACUAAAUAUGACAUAAUAGGCAUCACUGAAACCUGGUGGAAUAAGUCCCAAGAUUGGAAUGUAAUAAAGGAGGGAUACAGUCUAUUUCAGAGAAACAGACCAGACAAGAAAGGAGGAGGAGUGGCGUUAUAUGUCAGGGAUGUGUAUACCUGUGAAGAGAUCCAAGAUUUAGAACCUCAAAGCCAAAGUGAGAGCAUUUGGGUCAAAAUUAAGGGAGAGAAGAAUAACAGUGACCUCAUUGUGGGAGUUUACUAUAGAUCCCCAAGCCAAACGGAGGACAUAGAUGAUGCCUUCCUGGAACAGAUGGCCAAGCAUGCAAAAGGAAGGGAGAUAGUAGUAAUGGGGGACUUCAAGUACCCGGAUAUUUGUUGGAUGUCAAACUCAGCCAAGAGCAUAAGAUCAAACAGAUUCCUCACUGGCCUUGCAGACAACUUCAUUGUCCAGAAAGUGGGAGAAGCAACAAGAGGAACAGCCAUUUUAGAUCUGGUCCUAACCAAUGUUGAUGACCUGGUUAGUGGGAUAGAAGUGGAAGGAUCAUUAGGCGCGAGUGAUCAUGCUCUUCUGAAGUUUACUAUACAGCGGAAAGGAGCAGCCAAGCAUAUUAGGACUCAAUUUCUUGACUUUAAGAAAGCCAACUUCAUAAAACUUAGGGAAGUGCUGGGUGAGAUCCCAUGGACAGUAAUACUAAAAGGAAAGGGAGUUCAUGAAGGCUGGGAGUUUGUUAAGAGCGAGAUAGUAAAAGCACAACUUCAGGCAAUACCAAUGAGAUGGAAACAUGGAAGGUGCCUAAAGAAGCCAGGGUGGCUAUCUAAAGAACUUUUAACUGAGUUAAGAUUAAAAAGGAUGUGUACAAAAAUGGAAAAGGGGGAAACCACCAAAGAGGAAUUCAAACAAAUAGCCAGCACGUGUAGACACAAAGUCAGAAAAGCUAAAGCACAGAAUGAACUCAGGCUUGCUAGAGAGGUUAAAAGCAACAAAAAAGGCUUUUAUGGGUAUGUUCGUAGCAAAAGGAAGAACAAAGAAACAAUGGGGUCACUCAGAGGAGAAGAUGGUGAAAUGCAAACAGGGGACACAGAAAGGGCUGAACUCCUCAAUGCCUUCCUUGCCUCAGUCUUCUCCGAUAAAGAAAACAAUGCCCGACCUGAAGAAUUUGGAGCAAAUGAUUCAGCAGAGGAAACACAGCCCAGAAUAACUAAGGAGAUAGUACAAGAAUACUUGGCUAGUUUAGAUGUAUUCAAGUCUCCAGGGCCAGAUGAACUGCAUCCAAGAGUAUUAAAAGAACUGGCAGAUGUGAUCUCAGAACCACUGGCAGUCAUCUUUGAGAAUUCCUGAAGAACAGGCGAAGUCCCGGCAGACUGGAGGAGGGCAAAUGUUGUCCCUAUUUUCAAAAAGGGGAAAAGAGAGGACCCAAAUAAUUACCGCCCAGUCAGUCUGACAUCAAUACCAGGGAAGAUUCUGCAGCAGAUCAUUUAGCAAACAGUCUGUGAGCACCUAGAAAGGAAUGCUGUGAUCACCAAUAGUCAGCAUGGAUUUCUGAAAAAUAAGUCAUGUCAGACUAACCUGAUCUCGUUUUUUGACAGAAUUACAAGCCUGGUAGAUGAAGGGAACGCAGUGGAUGUAGCCUACCUUGAUUUCAGCAAGGCAUUUGACAAGGUGCCCCAUGAUAUUCUUGUAAAGAAGCUGGUAAAAUGCGGUCUUGACUAUGCUACCACUCAGUGGAUUUGUAACUGGCUGACUGACCAAACCCAAAGGGUGCUCAUCAAUGGUUCCUCUUCAUCCUGGAGAAGAGUGACUAGUGGGGUGCCACAGGGUUCUGUCUUGGGCCUGGUCUUAUUCAACAUCUUUAUCAACGACUUGGAUGAUGGACUCAAGGGCAUCCUGAUCAAAUUUGCAGAUGACACCAAACUGGGAGGGGUGGCUAACACCCCAGAGGACAGGAUCACACUUCAAAACGACCUUGACAGAUUAGAGAACUGGGCCAAAACAAACAAGAUGAAUUUUAACAGGGAGAAAUAUAAAGUAUUGCACUUGGACAAAAAAAAUGAGAGGCACAAAUACAAGAUGGGUGACACCUGGCUUGAGAGCAGUACAUGUGAAAAGGAUCUAGGAGUCUUGGUUGACCACAAACUGGACAUGAGCCAACAGUGUGGCGCGGCAGCUAAAAAUGCCAAUGCAAUUCUGGGCUGCAUCAAUAGGAGUAUAGCAUCUAGAUCAAGGGAAGCAAUAGUGCCACUGUAUUCUGCUCUGGUCAGACCUCACCUGGAGUACUGUGUCCAGUUCUGGGCACCACAGUUCAAGAAGGACACUGACAAACUGGAACGUGUCCAGAGGAGGGCAACCAAAAUGGUCAAAGGCCUGGAAACGAUGCCUUAUGAGGAACGGCUAAGGGAGCUGGGCAUGUUUAGCCUGGAGAAGAGGAGGUUAAGGGGUGAUAUGAUAGCCAUGUUCAAAUAUAUAAAAGGAUGUCACAUAGAGGAGGGAGAAAGGUUGCUUUCUGCUGCUCCAGAGAAGCGAACACGGAGCAAUGGAUCCAAACUACAAGAAAGAAGAUUCCACCUAAACAUUAGGAAGAACUUCCUGACAGUAAGAGCUGUUUGACAGUGGAAUUUGCUGCCAAGGAGUGUGGUGGAGUCUCCUUCUUUGGAGGUCUUUAAGCAGAGGCUUGACAACCAUAUGUCAGGAGUGCUCUGAUGGUGUUUCCUGCUUGGCAGGGGGUUGGACUCGAUGGUCCUUGUGGUCUCUUCCAACUCUAUGAUUCUAUGAUUCUAUGUAGCCAGUCUCGGUGAGGGCAGGUGAAGUUACCCUUCACUGCAAUAUUUCCUCUUUGGGAUGCUUCCUUGAUUCCAUCAUCAUCAUUCAUCAUCAGCAUCAUCAUAAUUUGGAUCAGGGGCACAGUAGCACAUCGUCAGUACACAAUUAUUCUUGGUGCUUGAUAUAACCAUAGUUGGAAUACUAUGUACAGUGGUACCUUGGUACUCAAACUUAAUCAGUUCCGGAAGUCAGUUCCAAAACCAAAGCGUUUCAAAACCAAGGCCCGCUUUCCCAUAGAAAGUAAUGCAAAAUGGAUUAAUCCAUUCCAGACUUUUAAAAACAACCUCUAAAACAGCAAUUUAGCAUGACUUUUACUAUCUAACAAGACCACUGAUCCAUUAAGUGAAAGUAAUAUCCAAUGUACCGUACCAUAAAAUAAAUAAGACAGUUUUGUAGAUGAUAGAAAUUAAAAUUAUUAUUAUUUUAUUACCUACAUUGAUGAUAGUCAUUGUUUGGACAGGAUGCUUUUAUCUAUUUCCAGAGUCACACCCUCAAUCAAUCAGUAGCUGAACUGGGUUCCACACAGUCACAAAAACAAAUUAAGCUAAAAAUCCUCAAAAACAAAAAGGCAAAAUAAAUAGCAAAAACAAAAGCGCCAAACUUAAUCUGUUCCAGAAGUCUGUUUGACUUCCAAAAUGUUCAAAAACCACGGCGCAGCUUCUGAUUGGUGCAGGUGCCCCGGAAACAAUAGCCAACAGCUGCAUUGGACGUUCGGCUUAUGGAAAACGUUCCAAAACCAAACCACUUACUUCCGGGUUUUCGGCAUUUGGGAACCAAGGUGUUUGAGUACCAAGGCGUUUGAGAAUAAAAGUACCACUGUAUAGUUUUGAUCACUGCUUCCCCCCCAAAAAAAUGUGGAUUGGGUCUUCAAAGGUGACACCUGCUCCUUUUGAAAUGUGUUUGUUUUAUGCCUGCUAAAUGUUAGGAAAGGGCUGCAGUCUCCCAGAGAAAGGGACAUUGUCUAGAAAGGCUUUUAGAGAAGUGCCUGGCUUCUCAUUCCUACUGAUGAUUUUGUGACGAUUGCUACGAGGUAGGCGAAAAAACCCAAAAGCCUAAUGCCAAAUGGAAAAAUUCCUACCAGGCCCCCUAGACAACCAGGGCGACCAGCCUAAGGUCCAUAGCAAGGCCAAAGAACAAAGACCCUGAGCUAAAAGGGAGUGGAGGGUGGGUGACUCGCGACGAGAGGACGGAGAAGAAUGAGGCCGAGGAGAGGCUGGCGCCGCCGCAAAGGCUGCUGAACACGCCCCUCAAAGGCACCUGGUUGGAUGCCUGCCGAGGGGGCGUGGGCGCCAGCCAGGUGAGAGGAGGAGGCAGGGGGCUAAUGCCCCCUGCUAGGGGCGGUGCUCGGGCUCCCGCCCACAACCACUCCCCUCUCUUCCAGGGAGGAGAGUCUUUGUCUAGAAAGGCUUUUAGAGAAGUGCCUGGCUUCUCAUUCCUACUGAUGAUUUUCUGUUUUUCUUUUUCCCCACCCUAGUAUUUUAUAAACAAGCAAGUAAAACACCGUAAAAUGAUUUUUUGGAUUGGAGUCUUUAAAGACAAGGGGAAGAAAUGGUCGUGGCUGUCAGGAAUGGAGGCUGCAGUCCAGUAAGUUUUUGAAGAAACAUUUGUUAAUGGCAUGCAUUCCAAAAAGUUGCAGGUUUUGUUUACAUAAUUGAUCCUUUCCCUCUCCAAAUAUAUUUUGCCAUGCAGUUUUUUCUAUUACCAAAGAUCUACAUAUGUACUCCUCCACAUCAUUAUCCAGAUGAGUGCCUGCUUCUUCUCACAAGGUUGGAGAGGCAGGAAGGCUAUUCUUGCUUCUCUAACGUAGUGAAUGCAGUGAUUCGGAAGAGGCUGAAGGCAUCCUUAUAAAUGGUUUGUGCUGAUUAGCUCAGCUGCAAAAGGACUUGCAGGAACCUAAAGCUGAGCUACCCUCUCUUUAGGAAAAUAUUUCUGCAGUUAUCUGCUAAACAAUCUGAAUAGCCAGCAAUUUCUAACCUAAAAUAACAGGAGCAGAUGAAGUAAGUGUGUAAGAUAGGGCAGAUGAAUCUCACUCUCUUGAAUAGAAUCAUAAACACAUAGAAAUUUAGAGUUGGAUGACACCCCAAGGGUCAUCUAGUCGAACCCCCUGCAAAACAGGAAUCACAACUGAAUAAUCCCUGACAGAUUCCUAAUAGUUUGAGUUUCUGGCUGCUGGCAGUUCAUGGUUCCCUUUAAGUAUCUAACAACUCUUGUCAGCUUGUGUUGAUGCAUUGAUAAGGUCAGAGAAGAUCUUACUCAUCCACAGCUAGGUAGUAGAACAGCGAGCUGGUCUGGCACUUAUUUCCAAGUCCAGAUUAACAGAGGGUCACUUUCAAUUUGUGCAAUGUCUCCUGGAACAAAAUCCAUUGACAUUCAUCUCUAUUGAUGCACCCAAUACCAACCACUAAUCCUUUUCGGCAAAGGUAUUGAGUAAACUUUACAAAUGGGCAGUGGGGUUGUAUAAUACUAGCUGGGAACUCAAAACCCUGUAUGCCAGUGGUUCCCAGUUAGCUAAGUACUGCAGACCCCUUGUUUUUCAAAAAUGUACCUUUGAACAUUUUGAUAUCUCUGCGGCAGUUUUUACCAUGGACCAUGGAGCCCCUGGGUGGGUGGUCCGUGGGAGCCACUACUGUAUGUGAUCUUUGACUUGAUCAAAGGGCAGAUCUCACCGAAACAUCUCAUGGGAGUAAAAAAACACCUACUACACCAUUAUUACUAAUAUCAAUUUACUAGAUUCACGGAGAGCUAAAAAUGAGGGAGUAAAUUAAUCAAACCAGAGUCUUCUUUAUAAACAAAACAAAACUUUUACUUUUACUGAAGAAAAUAAACUUGUUCAUAAACAGCAUAGUCAAAGAGCAUACACAGAGUGCUCAUAGCAGCUAUCUAACUCUUCACAGAGCCACAGUCUUAGUUACUGAUUUACUAGAGUUCUAGAGCCACUCUGUCUGCAACAACACAACACAACACAACACAACACAACACAACACAACACCACAACACAACACAACACAACACCACACCACAACACAACACAACACACACACUGGCUGAGACACACACUGGCACAGAGAAACACAAAGAGGCUGGCUACUUUUAUAGGGAGAAUGAGUCAACACUCAAGAUGAGUCAUGAUUCACAGUGACUUAGCAGUUUGCUGUUAACAGUUAACAGUAGGCUUGAAUGAUUGUGUAGGCCUUGUAGGUUUUACUGCUUCUGCUCUCAAGAACCUUUGUCUCAUGACAGUUAUAGAAUACAUUUACCACAGAAUUUUAGUGCUGUGUGGUGGGACUUGAUUCAGUAUACAAUGGACACUGGAGAAUGCAAGGCAUUACCAGAAGUUACAAUAAGCGUGGGGCUAGGGUGAUAUCUUAAUCAAGAACAAUGGUACCUCUGGUUAUGAACUUAAUUCAUUCCAGAGGUUCGUUUUUAACCUGAAACCGUUCUUAACCUGAGGCACCACUUUAGCUAAUCAGGCCUCCCGCCGCCCGCCCUCCCACUGCACGAUUUCUGUCCUUAACAAAGUCCUUAACCCCAAGGUACUACUUCCAGGUUAGCAGAAUCUGUAACCCGAAGUGCUUGUAACCAGAGGUGUUUGUAACCCGAGGUACAAGUGUAUGGAUAAUUGAUUAGAAAAAACUUAGAACCUUCAUGUUAGAUUUUGAUAAGAUAUAUAUGAGAGAGUUAUCAUACCAUUUCAAUCAACCCUAUAAUGGCUUUGUGGUUAUAGAUUAUAUUUUGUAUUUCAGUUGUAGACUUAGCUAUUUUUGUUUCUGUAUAGUGUCAUUGCUAUUCUCAUGCAUGGGGUGGGUGAUGGAGGUGAGAUGAGAUGCAUGAAGGCGGAUGCAAAUCUAACAAGGUUUUAAUAUGCUCAGAACAAUCACUACUGGGCUAACUUUGCUAUGAGAGAGUAAGGAUCUCUCUUCCAAAACCCUCUCUCCAAAACCCACAAUGAUAGAGAGCAGAUCUGAGGAGGAUGUGGGUGCAUAUGGAGAGGAGAGAGGGGCAGUUCCGUUGCAGAAAUGGAAAUCCUGGCAAUAGCAGAAGUACUGCAUUGCAUACUGCCCAAAAUUGUUAAAUAAAUUGACUGAAAGUUCCUGUGUGCACCAAAGAGCCUUCCAUAGUGACACCCUCACUUUUUUUGCAGUUUCCUAUGAGGAAUCACUACAUGUGAAAAGAAAACAGACAGUCUUGACCCACAGUUGUUGCUGUGGUUUUUUAAAAAAUGGUUAGAAUGUGGGAAUGUUCAGGGAGGCCGUAGAGGAUAUAUUGUUUAUUAAUAUCAUUCCUCACUUGUGCUAGCACGUUAUAUAACUUUGCAGAGUUUUGUUGUUGUUGUUUAGUCUUUUAGUCGUGUCCAACUCUUCAUGACCCCAGGAACUCCUGUCUUCCAUUGCCUACUGCAGUUUGGUAAAAUUCAUGUUUGCAGAGUUUUACAUUCUCUUUUUAACACACAGCAGGUACCUGGUUGCAGGCUUUGCUUAAGCCUCUCAAUAGCAUACAAUUCAGAAUUGAAUUGUAUGUUCCUGGUAAGACCCCUUAUAUCCCUUAUAAAAGAAUAAACAAACAAAAAUAUUAUUUAAAGUCAAUAAAGGAAGUUUACUCACAGCAUCAUCAAUUCACAGCUGGAUCCCUGUAGGCAGAUUUAGUUACAAAGCAUAUACAUGCAGAACUAUCCCAUAUGGAGAUAGAUAGUCCCUUUGUCCUCUGUUGGCUGAAAGCAACAGAGCAUCUCUAGCUAAAAAGCUCCUUGUCCAACAAAGGAGGAAGCCAAAAAAAGAGAUAGUGUGUGCUGCGUGCCUGGACCUUUUGUUACCUGGACAGGUAAGGACACGCCCACCUCUAGUCACAUGCAAAAGGAAGUAUGUCCCAGUGCAGGAGGAAACGGGAAGUUUUUGACUGACUGGACCAAACAUCCCAUCACAUGUCCACUGUAGGAAAACAAGGAAUGUUGUACUUGACUGCUACUUAUGUAUCACACCUCACAUACAGUCUUAAACCACAGCUUUUUUUACAUGGUUAGAAUUCCAAAAUCUGGGGAGAAAAAAAAUCCCAAUUGUGGGUGGCUGUUAAGAGAGAAAGCGUUGGACAUCUCUUUAAUGGUAGAAGGCAUGGGGAGCCAGUGAGGUAGACAUCCAAUUUUGAUUCAUUAGUGCUGCUGUUUCUUUUCUUUUCAGCUACUGGAAUUACUAUGAGCCAAGUUAUAAAGAGAACCACAACUGUGGUGCGAUGACCUUUGAUUGCUACUACGAAAACUGCUGGAAUGCAUUAGACUGUGAUCUACAAAAACAGUAUAUUUGUAAGAAGGGGCCUGAUGAUACUUGGCUCUAA